AAGUAUCUAGGAGAUGAAAAAGGAAGAAGGUGAGAGACAGAAACACAUAGGAAACUUGAGCAAGUAGAAAGUGGACACCGCAGGCUCUGUUGCAAACACCUGGAUUACAGCGGGGACCUGGAUUUGCUGGGGACACCAGCCAGAGACAGGACCAUGUGGCUGUCCCCAGUUCUGCUCCUUCUCUGCCUCUCAGGCUCUUUGUCCCUGACAGGCCCCAGCUCUGUGACGGGCACCUUGGGUGGCUCUCUGUGCGUGCAGUGUCGGUAUGAGGAGGUAUACCAGAGGUAUAGCAAAUACUGGUGCCGAGGACAGUAUGAUGCAACAUGUGAGAAGAUUGUGGAGACCAAGGGAGAAGAGAAAGAAGAGAGGAGUGGGCGUGUGUCCAUCAGAGACCACGCUGAUCAUCUCACCUUUAUAGUGACCAUGGAGAACCUCACUGCAGACGAUGCUGGAUCCUACUGGUGUAGAAUUCAGACAGUAUGGCUCCUGGAUGUGUGGUCAUAUGACCCUUCAUUCCACGUUAACGUGUUUGUUUCCACAGCACCAAGUAAAACCACAGGGAGGACCACAUGUCAAGCUGUACCUGCUGCCUUUCCGGGGUUGAACACCAACCAGAACCUCAGCAUGGAGGAGCCGUUGACCUGCUGCUCAGGGUCCUUGCUCAGCAGUGUCCACUUCCUGCUCCUGGUCUUCCUGAAGCUUCCCCUGUUCCUGACAUUGAUCGGCGCUGUCCUCUGGGUGAACAGGCCUCCGAGGGGCUGUGGAGGAAUUAAGCCGAAGGAAGAUAAUCCACAAUGUAGUCCACCAUUCCCAGGAAGGCCCUGUCCAGGAACGUAGCUCCUUGGCCUGGACAAGAGAGACGUUCAGACUCCAGACUCCAGGGAAGGGGGAGCUGCUGUGCCUGGAUCCUGGAGGGACCCAGGUCUUCUUGGGAGUAUGGGUCCUGUGUCUUGAGGGAGAAUCCUGGUUCUCAGAGGACAUUUGCUCUGAGUCCUCAGGUGCAGGAAGGACGAGUCUCCUGGGCUCAUGCUCGGGGGAUCCUCCGUUCUCCACCCCGAACCCCUAGCUCCUUGCCCUCAUGCCCACCUCCCAAGGGCAAGAAUUUCUUGCCACAAAAGCUUCCGGGUUCAGUGUUCCCCCAGGGCAAUAACCACCUCCUUCCUGCAGCCAGGAGGCUCCCUGGGAUGGCAGGUUGCCACAGCCACCAUGGGGGCACAUCAGUCCUGGGAAGGACUCAGGUGGUUUUGAGUGCUUGUCAACGGCCCCCUUCGGAAAGUGUGCAGGGAGGAACACAGUCUGUCACGAGCACGCGUCCCCAGCUCCACUCAGCUCCUCGCAUCUAGACCAGCCCUCUCGUCUCCACCACGCAAAGCCAGUGAUGCCAGUUUCCAGAAAACACUCGAGCUCCUCAGUGCUGCAUUUACAGGCAGGGAGGCCAUGCUCGCAACCCGAGCUCUGGCGUGGCUUCUGUUAGGGGAGGACCCCUCGUGACACCUUCCAGGAGAGCUGGCACUGGUCCAGGACUCCACCAAAGGAGAAAUUCAGCCAAGGAGGCACAUAUGGACCAUAUGAUAAAACACACACAAGGCGAUGUAGGAAACACAACGCUGGACAAGAGAGAAGCUUGUGAUGUACUUUAUUCUUUCUCAAACUCAUUUUUAAGUACUCUAGUUUCAUCACCUUUCCGUGUAAAUGUUAGAGUAAGCUUGUCUUUCUCUACCAAGACAAUCUUGCUGGGAUUUUGAUAGGAAUCGUGUUAAACUUACAGAUCGAUAUUGGGAGAACUGACAUCUCUCCUGUGUUGAAAAUGUGGUACCUCUCGCAAUUUGUUUAAAUAGUCCUUGUCUUCGGUCACCAGAGUUUUGUAAAUUUCAGUACAUGGGUGCUGCAUAUAUUCUGUUAGAUUUACAGCCCGUGUUUCUUUUUCUUGUCCAGCAGCUGUGACUAGCACCGUGUGUUUCAAUUCAGUUUCUACAGGCUCGUUGCUAGU